CACAGCAUCAUCCACCACCAAGCCAACCAGCCGAGCAUCAACAAGCAAUACCGGUAUCACUCCGUCUUCUCGUGGACGACCUCCCAACCGUGCGCACAGCAGUAAUCGAAGCUGUCAUACGAACCUAAACCAGGGACCGACAAACCCUGUCGGAACCUCUAACAAAAAUAGCCCGCCAUGGUCUCAACAUCCUCAGCAGAAUCUUCCCUGCAGUCUCAAAGCCAGCAGCAGCAGAAGCAUCAUAACAAGCUUCAAGAGCCCCAGCCUAGAGAUGCUUUCAGAGGCACUCACCCCUCCCCCAACUCUUCCGUAUUUCAAACAUCUACCAUUGCCUCCGCGGCCCCCCCCGCAAUCCCGAUCCUUCCCAUGCCUCCCGCCGGGUAUGAAGAUGCAAUAGAGCUACAACAAUGGGACUAUGGCGGACCACCACACAAUCCAUCCGAUGAUAGCAAUUGCUGUGAAACCCCUAGAUCGGAACAAACCUCCGGAAGUACAAAAUAUGGCUAUUCUGGCCCAGCUACCACUCCCGACGACUCGGGUUCAUCCAAUUGUUCCACAGUGGGCUCACCACCGACGCCCGAUGGCCCUGACGCCUCAGUUCUGAAGACAUUGAAAUUACUCUCAAGGUUUGCUGUAUUUUGGGAUGACCAUAUGUCGGUUGUGGUCCCUUCUAAUGCUGCGCGAGACCAUCUAGCCUUGGAAAGAACCUAUCUAGCCUAUCAUCGCACUUCUCUCGUAUUCGCAAUUUCCGCUGCUAUCACUGCGCAACUAGCCGUGAUUCAGCAAACACCCACCCCCUCUACAACUUUCGGAUUCCACCGUAUUGGGAAGCCAAUCUCGAUUUUGCUAGUCUGUUUCUCGUUAGCCAUAUCUAUUCUCGGUGUCCUCAGGUGGUGGAAGCUACAGAGUGGGCUUUUACGGGGUGUUGCGGUAACCGGAGGCAUAGAGGUCUGGAUUCUUGCAUCUGGAAUUCUCUUGCUCAUGAUAGUACUUUCCGGGGCUGCUCUAUGGCGGGGCUACUUAGUGUCUCGCAGGCUUCUGCCGGCUUUUUUUCUUUCUAUUUUUUUUCCCUAUGUUACACCGAUGCCUUACAUCACUCACCAUCUAGAAGGCGCACAGCAAUAUAUUAGAAUGGGCUUGCACAUCUAAGCUCGAGUAACCGCAUCUUACUCGAGUAGCUUCAGCCUAUAUGUGGGACACCAGUGGAAUUUCUUUAAUUUCAAGCGAAUAGAAAACUUUCUUUGUUAGAGGAUCAUCUCAUUUUGCUUACAGCCUUAUUUCUUAAUGGUAGGCUAAUGAAAAC